AUGGAUCUGGAGGAUUCCUGGAGGAGGAAGAGGAGGAGGAGGAAGAGAAACCCAAAAGUGCACGCAGAGCUCGGGGAUUUGCAGCUGGGGGACAGAGAGUUCUACCGGGACUGGGGGAACUCGGAGUCGGUGACGUACUUCUGGCAGAACUGGAACAUCCCCGUGCACAAGUGGUGCCUCAGGCAUUUCUACAAGCCCAUGCUGAGGAGAGGAGUCAACAAAUGGACGGCGCAGGCGGCCGUGUUCCUGCUGUCCGCCUUCUUCCACGAGUACCUGGUGAGUCCCCUGAGGAUGUUCCGGCUCUGGGCCUUCAUGGGCAUGGCGGCGCAGAUCCCGCUGGCCUGGCUGGUGUCGCGGUUCCUGCGCGGGCACUACGGCAACGCGGCCGUGUGGAUGUCGCUGAUCCUGGGCCAGCCCAUCGCCGUGCUCAUGUACGUGCACGACUACUACGUGCUCAACUGCGAGGGAUAACUGACCCGG